GUCUCUUACAGCAAACAUGGAGGUUUCUUCAAGAUUUUCGUCAGCAUGUUUCUCAUCCUCAUGCCUCCUUUCUAUUAUUAAUUUCUUGUGCUUCGGCUUACUGGCCUUUGCCAUCAACAAGAACAACGAUACAGAUCGACUUGCUUUGCUGGAACUCAAGUCCAAAAUAACAGACCCUUUAGGGGCCAUGAGCUCAUGGAAUAGCACCCUUCACUUCUGCCAAUGGCACCAUGUCACAUGUGGGCGUAGGCACCAGAGGGUCACAAUCUUAGAUCUCAACUCCCUCAAACUUUCAGGUUCGAUAUCUCCACACGUUGGUAAUUUGAGCUUUUUAAAGAAGUUGUCCCUUCAAAACAAUAGCUUCAGCCAUGAGAUUCCUACUGAGAUUGGCCGCUUGCGCAAACUGCAAAUAUUGUCUCUUUAUAAUAAUUCAUUUGCUGGUCAAAUUCCUGCUAGCAUAUCUAAUUGUUCUAACCUUGUUAUCUUCUUCUUGCAAAACAACAUUAAUCUGGUGGGAAGAAUACCUGUGGAGCUUGGUUCGUUGCUGAAGCUCAAAGAAAUCUCUUUAAGCAACAAUAAUUUAACAGGGACUCUCCCACCAUCUUUAGGCAAUAUUUCUUCACUUCAGCUAUUGCAUGCAAGGAAAAAUAAUUUGCAUGGGGCUGUCCCGGAUACGUUAGGCCAAUUGAUGAAUCUAAGUUCUUUAGCCUUGUCUGUAAAUCAGUUUUCUGGCACUAUCCCUCCCUCAUUCUUCAAUCUCUCUUUGAUUGAGUUGUUUGAAAUGGCAUACAACAAUUUUGAAGGCAGUCUUCCCUUGAGCUUAGGCGUCUCUCUUCCAAAUCUUCAAUUCUUCUUCUUUUCAGCUAACCAAUUUACAGGAUCUAUUCCGACAUCAAUUUCAAACGCCUCAAGUCUAGAAGUGCUUCAGUUGAGCGGAAAUAGUUUCACCGGAACAGUGCCUUCUCUUGAAAAGUUGCAUAGGCUUACGAAGUUGGUAGUUUCUGAAAAUAAUUUAGGAAGUGGGGAAGCUGAUGACCUGAAGUUUCUUUCUACUUUAACUAAUGCCACCAAUUUUCGGGGAUUUGGUUUAGAUCAAAAUAACUUUGGAGGGAAGCUGCCUGAAAAAUUAUGCAACUUUUCAAGAAAACUCCAGAAGAUUUACAUACAAGAAAAUCAAAUAUCUGGAAAUAUUCCCUCUAGCAUAAGUGAUUGUGUUUCAUUGGAAACUCUCAUUGCAGAUGAGAACAACCUGUCGGGUUCAAUACCUACUAGCAUGGGAAAGCUUCUAAAUCUGGGAGAAUUGUUUCUUCGUUAUAAUGAUUUCUCAGGAUUUAUUCCCUCAUCUGUAGGAAACAUGUCAAAUUUAAUUUACAUGGAUUUGUCUGAUAAUAAGCUUCAAGGCAUGAUCCCUUCAAGUCUUGGGUAUUGCAAAAAUUUGCUACAAUUAGGUCUUUCAAAUAACAAUCUUUCUGGUCCCAUACCUCCACAAAUUUUUGGAUCUUUCUCUUUAUCAUUGGGUCUUGACUUAUCCAAAAAUCAUUUAUCAGGCUCCAUUCCCCCAGAAGUGGGAAAUUCGAAAACUAUAGGAUAUUUAAGCCUUUCUGAGAACAGAAUUUCAGGAGGGAUUCCUAAUGCUCUUAGCAGUUGUACGAGUCUAGAAUUCCUGGACUUGGGUGCCAACUUGCUUCAAGGUUCUAUUCCUUCAAGUUUAAGUUCGCUAAGAAGCCUUCGAAGAUUAAACCUUUCUCGCAACAUGUUUUCAGGCAAGAUUCCAGAAUUCCUAAAGGGGUUUAGUUCAUUAGAGUUGCUGGAUUUGUCUCAUAAUGACUUUGAAGGUAUAGUACCAAAAGUAGGAGUUUUCAAGAACGUAACUGCCAUAUCUGUAGCAGGAAAUGAAAAUCUUUGCGGCGGUAUCCCUGAUUUGAGGCUACCUCCAUGUAAUGAGCUUCAGCAGUCAAAGAGGGGAUUGACUACACAAUUGAAGAUUAUAAUCUCAACAGCUUCUGCGAUUGUAGGUGCAAUACUUGUGAUGAUUGGUUUGAUUUUGUGCAUGUCAACAAAUAGAAAAAGGGAGUCUUUGUCAAAAUCUGAUCAUGGGAAUGAUCAUGAGCUUAUGAAGUUGUCUUAUCAAAGUCUUUUCAAAGCUACUAAUGGUUUCUCUUCAGAUAAUUUAAUUGGUUCAGGUAGCUCUGGUUCUGUAUAUAAAGGAAUUCUUGAUCCAGAGGGAAUUGUCAUAGCAGUAAAAGUGUUUAAGCUUACAAAUCAAGAAGCUUCAAAGAGUUUUACAGCCGAAUGUGAAGUUUUAAGGAAAGUUAGACAUCGAAAUCUUGUCAAAGUGUUCACUGCUUGUUCCAGUGUAGAUUAUCAUGGGAAUGAUUUCAAAGCUUUGGUUUAUGAGUUCAUGGUCAAUGGGAGCUUAAAUGACUGGUUGCAUCCAACUCUUGAAUUAGAAGAAGCACCAAGGACUCUAAAUGUUAUCCAAAAGCUGAACAUUGCCAUUGAUAUUGCUUGUGCAUUAGAAUAUCUUCAACAUCAUUGCGGAACGCCAAUCAUUCACUGUGAUCUAAAACCAAGCAAUAUCCUUCUCAACGAAGAAAUGACUGCACUUGUAUGUGAUUUCGGAUUAGUCAAGUUCACCUCUGAUUGUUCUACAGAUCAAUCCAGUUCUAUUGGAGUAAGAGGAACUAUCGGUUAUUGUCCUCCAGAGUAUGGCAUGGGCAGCCCAGCAUCAACAUCAGGUGACAUUUUUAGCUUUGGCAUACUCUUAUUGGAGAUGUUUACCGGAAGGAGGCCGACCGAUCAUAUGUUUCAAAAGGAAAUGAGCCUUUGCAAUUUUGUUAAGAGAGCUUUGCCUGAACAAGUGAUGCAAAUUCUAGAUCCCAAUAACAACCUUCCUCAGAUGCAACCCAAGGCAAAUGCAACUUCAGUUCUUGACAACCUUAGUCUUGGGAAGAUGAGAAAUAACAUGUUUAUUGAGUGCUUGAUUUCAAUAUUUGAAAUUGGAAUCUCUUGUUCUACUGAAUUACCACAAGAGCGUAUGGUUAUUGGUGAUGUUGUUUCUCAACUGUCUUCUAUCCGAGACAAUCUCUUAGGGACUCAAUUGCCAUAGAAGAA